CAUAGUUCCCUACAAAAUAUGAUAGACGCGGACAAAAACAUCAGUAUCUAAAAGGCGGUGCAAGGUAUAUACAACUAGAAAACUGUGUAUAGUACAUUGUUGUAUAUAAAGGUGUAAUUGUGGUGUUAAACUAUGUUGUUAACAACAAGCUUACUUUGGGAUGCGGUGGCUAUUUUAGCGACUGUGAUAUCCGGUUUUUUAAUCUUUGCAUACUGGCGAAUGGGUUAUUGGUCCAGAAAAGGUGUCUACGAUAAUGACCCCACCUUCCUCAUCGGUAAUGCGAAAAAAUUAAUGUCAAAACAGCAAGGCCUAGGAGAAAUGUGGAAGGAAUUAUAUAAUAACAUAAAAGCAAAAGGACUUAAGCAUGGUGGAGGUUUUUUUAUGUUGUCACCAACUUAUAUUCCAGUAGACUUGGAUAUUAUAAAACACAUAAUGCAACACGACUUUCAGAAUUUCAAUAGCCACGGGGGUUAUUUUAAUGAAAAAGGAGAUCCCCUUAGUGCUAAUUUAUUUGCACUGUCAGGUCAAAGAUGGAGAAAUUUAAGAACGAAACUAACACCAACAUUUACUUCUGGUAAAAUGAAGAUGAUGUUUGGCCGACUUACAGAGUGUGGCGAGGGACUAAAGGAGAUGGUUGAAGAAUAUUCAAAAUCUGGUAUGCCAAUGGAUAUAAAAGAGAUGCUGCAACGUUUUACUAUUGAUAUAAUUGUUUCUUGCGCAUUUGGUUUGGAAUGUGAUACAAUGAAGAACCCCGACAACGAUUUUGCAACUAAAGGAAGGAGUAUCUUUAAUCCAGGUGCAUUUGGACUUUUAAAAACAUUGUUAAUAUUUGCAUGUCCACAUAGUUUCCUUCAUAAAAUAAACCUAAGAAGAACAGAUCGCGAUACUGAAGAUUUCUUUAUGAACGUUGUCAGGAAAAACGUCGAAUACAGAGAGAAAAACAAAGUAUACAGAAAAGAUUUUAUGCAUCUUCUUUUGCAAUUGAAGAAUAGGGGAACAGUGGCGGAUGAUGAACAUUUAACAGGUGAUGGAACGGUAGGAGAAGGUGCUAUAACUUUUAACGAACUUGCUGCUCAAGCUUUUGUGUUUUUCUUUGCUGGAUAUGAGACAUCAUCAACGACUAUGACGUUCGCCUUAUACGAAAUAGCUACGAAUAAAGAUUUGCAGAAUAAAAUGCGCCAAGAAAUUAGAGAAGUUCUGAAGAACCAUGAUGGGAAGUUGACAUAUGAGGCUGUAAAGGACAUGGAACUGAUGGGCAGAGUUGUUGAUGAAACUUUAAGAAAAUACCCAGCUAUUUCAAUGAUACCAAGAGAAUGUACCAAAGAUUAUCAAAUCCCCGGAACAGACGUCACAAUUGAAAAAGGCACAAGUAUUGUGAUAUCAACCCUGGGUAUCCAUCGUGACCCUGAACAUUAUCCUGAUCCUAUGAAAUUCGAUCCAGAUCGAUUUUUAGAAGAAAAUAAACAUAGCAGGCAUCCAUUCGCCUGGAUACCAUUCGGGGAAGGUCCACGAACUUGUAUUGGAUUAAGAUUUGGAGUGAUGCAAACUAAAGUCGGCUUGGCUUCAAUCCUCGAAAAUUAUGAUAUCAGUCUGAGUGAGAAAACAAGAGUUCCUUUAGAGUUCAACGAAUCCAGUGGUCUGAUUUUAUCUGUGAAAGGUGGUGUUUGGAUUAAAGUUACCAAACAUGUUGAUAACUAAUCUCUUAUUAGAUUAUAUUUCAGUUGUAUACAUAUAACAAUGAUAUUUAUUUUUUUU